CCACGCGCGGUCUCGGGAUGAUGCGGAUUCAUGGGCUACAUUUGUCCCACCGGUGCCAACUCCAAGCUCUCGGACUUGCGAAGCCGGUUCCUUUUCCACCAUAUCGUUGUCAGGUGCACAGAACGAUCUGUCACCAUGCUCGGCGGCCGUCCACUCUCCUCCCGCGGGUAACUUGCUAUCCGGUGCCGCAGAGAACUGCCAAAACACAGUCCACGGUGAUGCUGAAGGAUCUGCCUCAGGGUGCUCUGAAGCUCGAGCCUUAUCAAGAUGCUGUCGAUGACACCCCCAGGUAUCCUGUUGUCGUGCAAGGGCAUUGGAAUAAUAUGCAGAAGUUCAAGAACUGCGUUAUCUUGACCCGAGUAGGCGGCUUUUAUGAGCUUUAUUUCGAGCAAGCUGAAGAGUUCGCUCCGUUGCUCAACCUUAAACUUGCCUCCAAGAAGACCAGUGCGGGCCCAGUUCCUAUGGCUGGUUUCCCUUUCUUCCAGCUAGAUCGCUUCCUCAAGAUUCUGGUUCAAGAUUUGAACAAGUACGUUGCUGUCAGUGAAGAAUUUCCAAUCACCGCAGAGGACAAGCUCCGGUCUGGUCUUCUCUUCGAUCGCAAGGUUGCGAGAAUCAUCACCCCCGGGACAUUGAUCGAUGAGAAGUUCAUGGAUCCCUCCGAGAACAAUUUCCUGCUCGCGGUCUACAUUGAUAAAACAUCAUUGAAAAAGCAAUUGGAGCAACAAGAUGACUCAGCUGCGCAGCAGCACGCCCUGUUGUCUGCAUCUCAAAACGUAGGCCUGUCCUGGUCGGAUCUCUCGACAGGUGACUUCUUUACCCAAGUCACGACGGCGCAGAUGUUACCGUCCGCUAUUGCCAGGAUUGGUGCUCGGGAAAUACUUGUUGAUCAAGGUCUUCAGGAUAUAAUUGGACAAGAGCUGCAACUGCUGGUCGGCCAUGAUCACCGGUUAAUGACUUUCUUCCAGUUUCCACAAAAGGUUGCACCUAUGUCUCGUUGGGGAACUAUGCUUGAAGCUCCGGUGUCGGCCACGGCUGCCGAGUCUUUUACGCGUGACGAGAUUGCUGCUGGCUAUAGUCUCUUGGAAUACAUCCGAGUCCAGUUGCAGGGCUUGAAUAUGAAGCUUCAACCUCCUCGACGACGGCAUUUGGACGAGUCGAUGAGUAUCGACCGAAACAGCCUGAGAGGUCUCGAGAUACUUGAAACUGCCCGAGAUGGAUUUGGCAAAGGAAGCUUGCUUCAUGCAGUACGCCGAACGUCUACCAAGAGUGGCGCGCGUCUGCUGAGAGACCGCCUAACAUCCCCUUCUACUUCUAUAUCAGUGAUAGAUGAACGGCUUGACCUUGUUUCGGUUUUUAUCGAAGACCACGAACUACAUGACAGCGUAACUCAAUUUCUGAAGCGCAGCUAUGAUGCCCAACGUUUGGUGCAGAAGUUUACUCUCGGACGGGGUGAUCCUGAUGAUCUGAUCUGUCUUUCUCGAGCCAUCGAAGCUUCAAAGGAGAUCAAAAGGGUUCUAUCAAGCAGGAGACAUGCGGCUAGUAGCCAAACAGAGCGCAGUCUUGCGGCCAUGGUCGAUCGUAUCCAUAUGGAUGGACCUACCGUUUUGGCGGACAAAAUCCUUGCAGCUAUUGAUGAGGAAGGUCUCCUGCAAAAGCAACGCAUCGAAGACGACACAGCAGCAGAAGCAGCAAUGCUCGCGCAGAAGGUGACUUUGAAUGAAGGCAUAGCUGAAGACAUGGCCGCGCUGCCGAAGAAAGUCAAGACAAAAAGCAGCGAUCGGGCUGCCGCAGCUACAGACGAAGGGACCAUUGUCGAUACUUGGAUUAUGCGACGCGAUGCAAGCCCUGCUCUAAGUGAACUCCAUCAGGAAUUGGAGCAAUUACAUAUUGGAAAGUCGGAGCUCACCCAGCGUCUUCGCGAGUCAGUAGGGUCAUCCGCGCUAACACUCAAAUGGACUCCUGGGUUAGGUCACAUAUGCCAUGUCAAAGGGGCUAAGAUCACCCAAGAAGCAUUGGAAGAGCUUGGGAUAACACGGAAUGUCUCGUCCACUAAAUCGACGAGGUCGUUCUACCUGCCGGCAUGGACCGAGUUAGGUGGCCAGAUGGACCAAGUUAGGUCUCAAAUCCGUCAAGAAGAGCAAGUGAUCUUUGAGCAUCUCCGUCGCGAGGUCAUUCUCAAUCUUGUUAAAAUCCGACGCAAUGCAGCCGUGAUGGAUGAACUCGACGUCGCGUGCUCUUUUGCCACCCUAGCGCAGGAGCAGCAACUCGUGCGUCCAAUACUCAACGAAGGCACAAGCCACAAGAUUGUUGGCGGAAGACAUCCAACAGUCAAGCUUGGACUCGAGGAGCAAGGCCGACGGUUUGUCAGCAACGAUUGCUUUCUGGGAGGCCCAGAGCGUAUCUGGCUUGUCACCGGACCCAAUAUGGCAGGUAAAAGCACGUUUCUGCGCCAGAACGCACUGAUCACAAUCCUAGCUCAGGUCGGAUCAUUUGUCCCAGCAGCGUAUGCAGAGAUCGGCGUGGUCGACCAGAUCUUCAGCCGCAUUGGCGCAGCUGAUGAUCUUUUCCGGGAUCAAUCCACGUUCAUGGUCGAGAUGUUGGAAACAGCAGCUAUUCUCAAGCAAGCCACGUCGCGCUCGUUCGUCAUCAUGGAUGAAGUCGGGCGUGGAACAACGCCAGAAGACGGAACAUCUGUCAGCUUCGCAUGCUUGCACCACCUGCAUUAUCACAACAGAUGCCGGACGCUGUUUGCAACACACUUCCACGCCCUCGCCGACAUGACACACGACUUUGAGGCCCUCGGAAGGUACUGCACUGAUGUCAAGGAAUCCGCAUCGGGGUCAUUCUCAUUCAUCCACCGACUGCGCAAAGGAGUGAACCGCGAGUCCCACGCAUUGAAAGUCGCACAAUUGGCCGGACUACCCAAGGAAGCCAUUGAGAUGGCAAGGAGCGUACGUCAGCGCUUCACCAACAACCACAGUGACAUCUCACAUUGGGACGAGGAAACGGCACCAAAGCAUACAGCGAACGGAGCAUGAAGCCCAACCCAGAGUCAAAACCUAUGUACAAUAGCAUCCCAUAUCAUAACAAUGUACAAUCACCACUAUCCCCAUCACACUCCACACAAACCCUCCCCCCUAAAGCUUUGC